UGAAGGGAUUAAGCAGUUACUCAUAAUGUUAUUACUUGAAUAUUCUUAUCACCGAACUUUUUUUUUUACUUGAGUAAAUUUUUUGGAUGACAAUUUUUUACUUUUUCUUGAGUAAUGUUAUUUUGAAAUAACACUACUCUUAAUUGAGUAAAAGAAACAUUCUCUACCCACCUCUGAUAAUAGUAUACAUUUUUCUUUUACGUGCCUUUUCUUCAUAACAAUGGCACACUAAAGACAUUUACUUUUUAAAGUAAUGAUGUUGUCAUUAAUAAUGAUGAUUGCCUGAAAGAGCUUUAAGAUAUAUUAGUCUACAUAUUUAAGAAACUAAUCGAGGUUAUUAUUCAAGUACUGUACUGUGAUUUUCAUUCUAUAGUUGUCAAAAUGAAAAUGAUGCUCUGUCCCAAAUGAGGUCUUUGGCAUCAUCUAGUGGUAAAAUGAAGAAAAACUGGCUGAUGUAACCUUUCAUCCGAGUAUGGAUCUUCAAUACGUGAAAAUGAACAAUGAAAGUGAUGACAAAAAAGUCGAUAAAAAUCAUGGCGAUGAAGAUGAAGAAAACAUGAAGGAAGACACACCGACGUGGGAGGAUGAAGGCUGGCUGGUCAGUCGUUUGACAGAUGGUCUACUCUCCUCCUCCGGUGCAUCACAGGCCCGUCUUUAACCCUAUCACCAACAGCACCAGACGCUCUUCCAGACCGACACCAUCGCUCAUAACUCACAUCUGCUCAGAAUCAUCAUCCCAUUUCCCUUCUCCUUCACACCGAGCCUAUCUAAACAUAGCCUGGCGAGAGCCGCUCUCACUUUCCUUGGCUACAAAGGUGCUGGAAAUAGGCCUGGCAUGGAACGGCUCUGUUAUUUGUUGUCUGUCACAUCUAAAUGUUGACAUUAUAUGCUUUGGAGCAUUUUACUGCCACAUCAGCUCGAUAGAGAUUUAUUUCCAAAGAAGUGGCGGAUGUCUUUAAAAGCAAAUUACCAUCGAGCUGUCAGUGAUGCAGAAACUUACAGGAAGUAUGUGUGACAGUCUGACCACACAUGACAUCAGGCUGCUUUACACAGCAUGGAUAUUUUCAAUCUCGAAUCAGCACAGGCCUCUGUCUUUAAAGUAAGGACUUUUACUGUCAACAUUCAGAAUUAUUGUUGUUAAAAUUCGCAAGGAGUUUUGUAAUCAGUAUUUGAACACACAAUAACAGUAAAUAAAAACGAAGGAAACCGACUUACCAAUGUACUUUGUUUUGAAGGGGUGUUUCUGUCUUGCUAUGGAAACUCUCCACCAUAACCCUCCAUUUAUCCUCCGUCCAGUCACAUACGACACAUGAGGUCAACAUUUGCCUUCGAAGGAAAAUGUCAUGUGGGUUGUAAAAUUGUUUGUUUGAUGUACUCAUUCACUUUGAGUACAUUUUGCAAAAAAUAUAGGCAAAUGAAAGGCAGCGUGCUGGAACGUGGUUAGCACAUCAAAGCUUUUGGAUAUAAAAAAGAUCUUGAAUCGGGCCUUUCUGUGUGAAGUUUCAGUGUUCUCUCCCUUGCUUCCUCCCGCAUAACAAAAACAAGCAAGUUGUGUUAAUUAAAGACUCUAAAUUGGCAAUAGGUGUGUACGUGAGACGUCUAUGUGCCUCACUUUGGCAUCGUAAUGACCAGUACUGAGUGUUCUGCCUUAAAUUUAGCUAAGAUAGGCCUUGGAUAAAAAUGACAACAAUUCUAGAAAAAGCAUGGCUAUGUUAAUUCAGCUCUAUUUUUUUCCAAUGGUAGCGACUGAGUUAACGAAAAGGCAAACCAUCCAUGAAAACAUUUUAAAAACGACAGAUGCUGUGGUCUGAUGCGAAUGCGAUGUCAGACCAGUGCAUAAUUCAUGUAAUAGGAUCACAGAACCACUGGAAGUUCCGACAUCUAACGGUACGCCGUAUGUAAUGCUGUUCUGUAAUCAUUUGGCCAACUUAAACACAGGCCUGCACCAGAAGUGCACGGCCGGGCCUCAAAAGGGCGGUUCCACUGUGGCAAUCUGGACACUUGUGGUGGCAGGAUGGUGAAAACGCUAGAGAAGCUUGAGCUUGAAAGGAAGGGGUAAAAAGUAAGCGGGGUGGGGGACCAAAAUAUCCUGAAAGUUGGAUCUAUAAUUGGCCACGCUUUUUAUGUGUGAGUGAAGCAUAGGCUACAGAAGCCACCACGUUUUUACCCCCCCAACACCAUCACCGACAUGCAUGAAACCCAACACCCCUCCCACCACCACCACCACUGCACUGUUCCCUCCCACUUGCUUCAGCCAUCCACAAGGUUCUUUCAACCCAUCUCACAGUUUGAACUGCACACUGGAUUUUCACCCAGGAUUUUACGCCACUUUAGUGCAAUUUGGAUGAAGAUGCUGCUGGGCUGCUGAUACGGGUGGCGAGGGCCUGCAGGCAAGGGGUCGAGCUGACGCCUACAGUGGAGCUGAUUGACAAGGCAGAGACUUGGAUGGUGCUAAUAAACUAAAGGGAACCAACCCACACCAAGACCAAGAUGGAAUUCCGACUGGGAUUUAGGAUCACACUGGUCUUGGUCAUCCUGGCAGUGACUUUUUUUGGGGAGAGCGUGAAAGCACAGAGGGCAGGCUGCAAAAACGUCCACUAUGAUCUAGCGUUCAUCUUGGAUACUUCAUCUAGUGUUGGCAAGGAGAACUUUGAGAAGAUCAGGCAAUGGGUGGCCAAUUUGGUGGAGUCUUUUGACGUCGCCCCAGACAAGACCAGAGUGGCCGUGGUUCGCUACAGUGACCGGCCCACUACUGAGUUCUACCUGGGGAGACACCGGACUCUGGAGGAAGUGAAGCAAGCCGCCAGGAACAUACGUUACCUUGGGGGGAAUACUAUGACCGGGGAUGCUAUCAGCUACACCACCAACAACAUCUUUUCAGAGCAAAACGGAGCGAGACCUGCCGCCAGGGGGAUCCAAAAGGUGGCCAUUUUGCUCACGGACGGCCGAAGUCAGGAUUAUGUGCUGGAGCCGUCCAGGGCGGCUGCCAGGGCUGGCAUUAGGAUGUUCGCUGUAGGCAUUGGAGAGGCACUGAAAGUGGAGCUGGAGGAGAUUGCGGCUGAGCCAAAGAACGCUCAUGUCUUCCACGUGACGGACUUUAACGCCAUUGAUAAGAUCAGAGGCCGACUCAGGAGGAGGCUGUGCGAAAAUGUACUGUGUCCAAACAUGAAAGUCCAACCUGAUCGCUUUCAACACAACAGUAGCAGUCAUGGCCUUCAGCAGGUUCCAGGCUUUGACUUGAUGGAGUACUUCAGUGUCAGAGAUAUUUUGGGCACCAGACUUGAUGAGGGUCAAAGUGCAUAUGUCCGUCUUGGCACUAUGCCCAUUGUACAGCAGACUGAAGACGUGUUCCCCCAGGGAUUGCCAGAUGAAUACGCCUUUGUGACGACGUUUAAAUUCAGGAAAACCUCAAGGCGAGAAGAUUGGUACCUUUGGCAGAUAUUUGACAAAUAUGGAAUCCCACAGGUGUCCAUUAGGCUAGAUGGUGAAAACAAGGCGGUGGAGUACAACGCCGUCGGCUUAACCCGUGACGCGGUCCGAGCCGUGUUCAAGAACUCCGAAGUGGACAACCUGUUCGACCGCAACUGGCACAAGAUUGCUUUAAGCGUGGAGGCCAAGACUGUCUCUCUCUACCUGGACUGUAAACACAUCCAGACGCUGCCCAUUGGCGACAGAGAGGAUAUCGACAUCCAAGGAAAGACUGUCAUUGGAAAGAGAUUAUAUGACAGCGUGCCCAUUGAUUUUGACCUCCAGAGGAUGGUUAUUUACUGCGACUCCAAACAUGCCGAGUUGGAAACAUGCUGCGAUUUACCCAAUGGCCCUUGUCCAAAGAAGGUUGUGACCGAGGCGCCUCCUUUACCGAUUCCCACCCCAACACCCACUACAGUGGAGCAGCAAAGGGGCCCCCAAGCCAACUGCUCCUGCCCUGCCGGAGACAAGGGAGAGGCAGGUGCACCUGGCCGUGCAGGUCAAAAGGGUGAAAAGGGUGAAGCCGGGCUUCGAGGUGCCACCGGCCUGACUGGCCUCCGAGGCGAAAAAGGAGAAAGUGGCAAAGUCAUCUCAGUUAGAGGUGAUAGAGGGGAGAAGGGUGAUAGAGGCAGCAUUGGGCUGACGGGUGCCCCCGGACAAAAAGGGGAGAAGGGAAUUGGUGGCACUCCUGGUUUCGAUGGUUUAUCUGGAGAAAAAGGCGACAAAGGAGAGGCUGGGUUGACUGGGAAUCCAGGACUUCCUGGCCUUGUUGGAGAAAAGGGCGUUCAAGGUGACGCAGGUUAUCCAGGAGCACCAGGUCCAAAAGGUGUCAGUGGUGGCGACGGAAAAAAAGGUGAAAAAGGAUCGACAGGCCUAAGUGGAGAGCGUGGUUUGGACGGAUUCCCGGGAAAGCCCGGCAUUCAAGGCAAAGACGGCUUGAGAGGACAAGCUGGCUUGCCGGGGGCUGCUGGGAUAAAAGGUGACAAGGGGGAGCGAGGAAUUCGUGGUUUACCUGGUGAUGUGUAUCAAAAAGAGGGCCUAAGGGGAGAAAAGGGAGAGCUUGGCCUUCCGGGGCCUCCAGGGGCCGAUGGGCCACCCGGACCGCCUGGCCCUCCAGGACGACAGGGAAUCCCAGGAGAGCCUGGGGAGUUUGGCCAAAGGGGAAAGAAAGGCGAAAGCGGAUUGCCUGGAGUUGAUGGACUCCCAGGACCUAUUGGCCCGCAGGGUCCACCUGGACCGCCAGGAAACAAUGGCAACACAGGCCCACCUGGUCUGCCAGGUGAAAUUGGAUUUUCCGGCAAACCUGGCGAGGCUGGAAAGCCUGGUCUUCCUGGUAAAGAUGGGCUGGAUGGUCUUCCAGGAAAUGACGGUGCCAUGGGGCCUAGAGGAGAGCGUGGAGCAGAUGGUUUUCCUGGCAAAGCUGGACCAAAAGGAGAUGAUGGGCCUCCUGGACCAAGAGGACCUCCAGGGGAGAGAGGAUUGGCUGGCCCUCCCGGUGUAGCUGGUGUUGCUGGUGCGAGAGGAGAGAGAGGAACUCCUGGUGACAGGGGACAAGACGGUCCAAUCGGCCCAAAAGGUGAAAAGGGCGAUAAGGGUGAAGUAGGGGCCAGAGGACUGCCCGGUGUGCCUGGAAAUAUAGCAAGUGUCAUUCCUGAGCCUGGCGAACCUGGAAAACCAGGAGAAAAAGGAGAGAAAGGGGACCAAGGACAAACUGGAGAAAUGGGCCCGAGAGGAUUACCCGGGGAGCAAGGCUUCAAAGGUCCACCUGGCCUAGCGGGUGCAAAAGGAGAUUCAGGACUUCAAGGAGAGGCCGGACGUAUUGGGGACCCAGGGCCUCCUGGUGUAGCAGGUCCUCAAGGGCCUCGCGGGCUACCGGGCAACGUGGGCAUACCGGGUGUCACUGGGCCCCCAGGGCCAGCCGGAGAAAGAGGAGACAAGGGUGAGUCAGGCAAGCCAGGACAAACAGGUCAACGAGGACCACCUGGAGAGCCCGGUUCGAUUGGACCCCCAGGGCCAACAGGGAAGGGAAAAGAUGGGCUAACUGGGGAACCUGGACCACGUGGAAAUGAAGGACCCCCCGGGCCUAAGGGUCCACCAGGGUUAAGAGGAGAGCCUGGAUUACCAGGAGAUAGAGGCUCCCCAGGGGAAGGCAAAACUGGACCUCAGGGCCCUCCUGGAAACAACGGGGAUCCCGGAGCCCCUGGAUUGAGGGGUUUACCUGGCAUUGCUGGUCCUGAUGGGCCACCAGGGCAUAACGGACUACCAGGAAGGCCAGGAGAGAAGGGAUCACCUGGAGAGCCUGGAAAAGCAGCAGACCUUUCUGACAUAAAGCUUAAGGACAUCUGCUCAGAUUGUCCAGCGGGUCCCCCUGGGCCAGCAGGUCUCCCGGGACUACCAGGAGACAAAGGACAACACGGCCCUCCUGGAAAAGAUGGUCAAGAUGGCUACCAAGGUGCACCGGGACUACCGGGACCUCAAGGACCACCUGGAGCGGAUGGAGGGAAGGGACUUAAAGGCGAUCGUGGAACUUCCGGAAUGCCUGGAGAUAAAGGAGAAAAAGGUCACCCUGGACCUCCAGGUCAUCCUGGCCCUGCUGGAAUGAUGGGUGCAGCGGGUAAUGAUGGACAACCUGGUCCUCCUGGUCCACAAGGACCUCCUGGAGAGAAGGGCAAAGAGGGCCUCAAAGGAAUCCAGGGUCCUCCAGGUCUACCUGGUUUGAUCGGUCCACCUGGAAAAAUAGGAAAAGACGGCAUGCAAGGCGAACAAGGAGAACCAGGCAAACAAGGUGAACCUGGACCACUUGGAAACCCUGGUCUGCGGGGACUUCCAGGCUUCAAGGGCCACAGAGGAGAACCCGGUUCUCCCGGUUCAAAGGGGGAAGAUGGAAAAGCUGGAGCACCUGGUCGUGAUGGCAAACCUGGAAAAGAGGGUCCAAAGGGGCCUCCGGGACCAGAGGGACUCGUUGGAGCAAGAGGAGAGCCAGGCAAACAGGGUGAACCAGGCCCGUCGGGCAAAGCAGGUCUCCCAGGAACUCCAGGUGCAAGAGGAGAAAGGGGAGAGGCCGGCAAUCCAGGAUUACCAGGCUUCAGUGGGCCUAAAGGGCCUCCGGGUCCACCUGGUCCAGUUGGUCCAGAAGGGAAACAGGGAAUGACAGGCCGAGUGGGCGAUCGUGGCAUUAAGGGGGACAAAGGUGACUCAGGCAUAAAAGGAGACAAAGGACAAUCAGGAGAGCCAGGUAUUCCAGGAAAUACAGGACCACCUGGCAGAAAGGGCCACACUGGGAUGAUGGGUAUGUCAGGACCACCAGGUGAAACUGGUGCUCCUGGUCCACAAGGACCUUCCGGGAACCCUGGAAUUCCAGGCCCGAGGGGGGAGUCCGUAUCAAUGGAGCAUAUGAGAAGGCUCAUCCAGGAGGAAUUGUCAAAACAGCUGGACGCUAAAAUGGCCUACCUAAUGGCUCAGAUACAACCAGCCCACGUUAAGAGCUCCGCAGGACGACCAGGACCACCUGGUCCUCCUGGUAAAGAUGGCCUCCCUGGACGACCUGGCCCACCAGGUGAACCGGGCAUACCUGGACUGAAUGGAGGCGAAGGAUCGAGGGGACCCAUGGGGCCUAAAGGUGAAACGGGGACUAAAGGAGACAAGGGAGAUAAUGGGAUUGGUGAAAGAGGAGAGCAAGGCCCUCCGGGUGCAAUUGGUCCAGCUGGUAUCCCUGGUUAUGGCAAAGAUGGAAGCCCAGGACAAGCUGGAGCUCAAGGGGAGCCAGGAAACCCCGGCCCACACGGUCCACCUGGCCCUCCGGGACCUCCUGGGCAAUGUGACCCAUCCCAAUGUGCCUACUAUGCCAGCCUUGCCAACAGACCUCACACCAAAAAUGUCAAGGGAACUUAAACAAUUUUUUUCAAGAAGGCACCAAGAUCUUGACGAAGAGCUGUAUUUAUGAACAUUGUGGUGUCUGAAUCCAGAACAUUUCGAGGGUAAAUAACCUCACUUUUGGAGGACUGAAGCAAUACGUGUGGAUGGUCAUUAAUUGCUUUCUUUUUUUCUUUUUUUGGGGUAUGAUGCUUAUAAUUUCGGGGGAUUGGACUCUGGGAACUUUUUCAGAUGGAACGGGUGGUAAAGAGGGCAGCUAAUUAUGUUUUUCUGACUUGCAUGCUUCCUGUAAAAUAUAUCAGGAGACAAGACGAAUAAUGCAGGUCCCUCCAGGUAUGUCAAGCUUUAAUUUUUAUCUCAGUGUCAGUUGCUAGAUCGGCCGCUGGUCAGUCUGUUGGGUAAUUGCUUGGUAUAGGGGUUAUUGAUUUCUUGAUAGUAGUUGAGUGGGGAGCUUUGGGAAGCCAUGUUUUGUUUCUUAGUCAGUAUUACAAAUGAUUGUUUAUGGGAGUGUGUGUGUUUUGUGUUUCUUAUGUAG